AUGGGAGAAAUGGAGGUUGAGCAAAAGGAUAAUGAGGUUGACACUGGAUCAAGGCUGGUACAAGGUAUGCAGGCUCAACAUAACCGUAUGCAGCUGCCAUCGUCAGAGGCGCUGGUGCCGCCAGUGUCAAAACCAACUACAGCACCACAUAACACACCAAUUCUGCCACCCAAAGAUAGUCCUCCUGGGCCGCAGGAUUCGGUAACGAUGUCGCCGCGGUUGUCUGCUUACACGCCUUCUUCCGCAGGGGGCGGUAGCGCGGGUGCGCCGGGCUGUUUGCCGCCACGGACGGCGGCGGUUCGCCGUGAAACGCGACAGGAUACAGGCAGCUCGGCGGCUGUGCACGUGACUCCCUCGACGUCGCAGGGAUAUUCGCUUGCGCUGGGAUACACGCCUACAAGGCGGGUGCAGCUACCAACAAUUGCCUAUUUAUUGGCAGGGACAGCUACUCCAGCGCAGGGGGUUGAGGGUGGGGUAGUAACUAGCGCUCAGAAUGACCGGCGCGACAUGCUGGCGAGUGCCGGCGGCAAUGAUAAUCAAAACGGUAGUAGUGCUGACUCUUUCAAUGCGGCGAAUCGUGGGCCCAUAUUUGGAGCAGGUGGUUCGCGGGGCGAUCCGCGUGAUUCUAUUACAACACCCGUUGAUAAGAUCACAACUGUCGGUGGCACGCUUACCCCAGCACGAUCAAGGAGAGCCUCUAAUGCUGGCGGUGCUGGCGGUGCCAAUGGUACAGUAUCCAGCUCUUCUGCGAUAAAUAGGGAUGAAGGCAGUACAGCAGCAGUAGCGGGUGGUAGCAUUGAAGGCCGCACGAUUUCGAGUGCGGGUGCCAACACUGCGUUAACUCCAAAGCGCCUUCAUUUUAAUAAUAGUCGGGACCUAAUUGAUCCUUAUACAUCUGAGCAACAGCUUUCAGGUGUCAAAAUAAACAUCACAUCUCUUUUGAAUUCCAGAGGCGGGACGGGUGAAGAUCCAUAUUCAUUGCAUGCUGGCGGCGAGUUUGCACUCCCCGUUUCUGCUAACAACCAUCUGCUGUCAAUAGCACCAAUGAGCAAGUCCUCAACAGUUGGGGGUAUAUCAUUUCAUCCUCCCUUGCCGCCCCCAUCUUCUUCGUCUUCAACACAUUUUAUGGAGCAUUUUUCGGACGGUCUGGUGCUGGGCAACGACUCUUCACAACAGGGUUCAGCAAGUGCAAGUACUGGCGGAUUGUCAUCACAAGCGUUACGGCAAACUAAAUAUAUCAAUUCUAAAUUUGAUGCUAUGCGGCAAAGGUUGCUUCUGACGAAGCCUGCAACACGGGACGAUGAACUUGGUGCUGCGGCCAUCAUUUCUCAAAUGCGCUCAUCACCUUACCACAUAGACUUUUCUAGUACUGAAGCGAAUAGCAGACCAGUAUCUUCCUCAUUAUCUGUACAGCGUGGUCUGAAACCAAUUGUUCAGGUAUUGCAGCGAGAAGGGCAGACAACUUACGUGAAACAAGAGGACCUUCGACGGAACGAUCAGUCCCUUACUGAUGAUGAGUUACUCACUUCUGGCGAUGAAGUUGUAGAUGACGAAGAUGAAGACGACUUACUAGAUGAUGAUAAGGACAGUGAUGAGAACGUUAAGCUUGAUACAGGAGAUAGUUCCUUAGGGCUUGAUAGGAUCGGUGAAACAAUUACUUGGAAUAAAGGAGGCAAGCGUCAAGUUUCUAAAAGGAAAUCUGCUCCUUUAUCUGUCGGUGUAUCUGCCUCUACUUCUGCUGCGUUCAAGGCAAGAAAUAAAAAUAGAAGAAGAUCGAGUGGUCAAUCUAGUAUGGACUCUUUACUGUCUGCAGCAGAAUUACUGGAGCUGGAGGCGACUUCUAAACGUAGUAAAAGGACUCCUCGAGGACAAAACCAUUCUUCAUCUCGAUCACUGGCAGCUUCAUCAGCAUCAACUGCUCUUUCCGCUGAAGGUCGGAAAUUCUCUGAUAAAUCGGGAGAAUCUGAAUUCUCGGUUAAUGGUAUGUCUAAAUACGACUCCGAUUUAUCGAAGAAGAAAGCUUGUGCAGGUACUAGGUCAAGAACUGGUUGUUGGAUUUGCCGACUACGUAAGAAAAAGUGUUCUGAAGAGAGGCCGAACUGUAAUAACUGUCUGCGAUUGAAUUUGGAAUGCGUUUACGACAUCAUAAAGCCUGACUUUAUUUCUGACCCUGAUAAAAAGAACGAAAAACUAGAGGAAAUUAAAAGACGAACUAAAGAAGCCAAAAGAAUGGCUAUGAAGAAAAAGGAAUGGUAA